AACCUGAUAACUCAGGGAAGAGAUCCUCCAGAGUUGCUGCAGUGUGUCUGGGGCUGCUGUGUGUUCUACUUGCUGGGAUCAUAGGCCUGUCUGUCUACUAUUAUGGGGUUUAUAAGAGUUUCUUAGCCUAUAAAACCAACUCAUCUGCAGAGAGAGAACAGCUACAGACCAUCUACAACAACCUGACUACUGAGAGAGGCCAGCUACAGACCAGCUACAACAACCUGACUACUGAGAGAGACCAGCUACAGACCAGUUACAACAACCUGGCUAAACAGAUAGAACAGCUACAGACUGAGAGAGAUUUUCUUAGGGGGUGGUUUACCAAUUGCAAACAAACCUGUCCAGCUGGCUGGCAGAAGUUUGAAUCCAGCUGGUACUUCCUGUCUACUGAGACUAAAACCUGGAAGGAGAGCAGAGAGGAUUGUCUGGAGAGAGGAGCAGACCUGGUGAUCAUAAACAGUGAUAAGGAACAGAAAUUUCUCUUCGACCUCAAGAGGAGAGUCUGGAUUGGUCUGACCGAUUCUGUUAAUGAGGGGACAUGGAAAUGGGUGGACGGCACCCCACUGACCACAGGGUAUUGGUAUGCCAACCAGCCUGAUAAUGCAGGUCCUAAUGGGGACGAGGACUGUGCUGAGAUACCCAAAGAUCAGAGUCCUCUGAAGGCAUGGAAUGACUUGUCAUGUGACAGCAUAAUCAACUGGGUUUGUGAGAAAGAGUUUUAACAUCACCAUAACAACAUGCUGUAACACAUACAGUAGACUCCAGUGCAUCUCUCUUUCUCUCUCUCUCUCUCUUUCUCUCUCUCU